AUUAAUAGGUCUAUCAAAAUAAUAUAUGUGUGCACUCUUAAAUAGCAAUUAAUUGUUAACAAUCUCGCAUUAAAAAUUAUAUUAGCAAAUUAAUAAUUGCGUAUUAACUUAAAUAACAUUUCAUUUUUACGCACGUUAUACGCUACGAUGAGUACUAAAAUAGUCAUAGGACUUUGUUUGUUAUUGUCUCUUAAUUUUUCCGAAUCAUUAAUUUUUCAAAAUCCAGCUGAUUUAGAAGAAAACAUUUCUAUUAAGGAUGGAAGAUUACUCAGCGAUUCCGGCGAACGAUAUAAUAUAGAAAUGAAUUUGUUUGAAUCUCAAAACAAAUAUAUCAAUAACUUUUCUCUGCCCAAAAACUUUGACGCACGCAAAAAAUGGACGAGAUGUGAUUCAUUAGGUGCUGUUCGAUAUCAGUCAAAUUGCAAUUCUGAUUGGGCUAUUGCUGUUGCUGGCGUUUUCAGCGAUAGGCUGUGGAUUAACAGUAGAGGUAAAACGGCAGUCACCAUAUCGUUUGAACACAUUCUCACUUGCGCUAUAAGUGACGGGUGCAAAGGAGGUGAACCCGAUAACGCUUGGAAUUUUCUCAAGAACAACGGAGCCGUGACUGGAGAUGACUACAGAUCUAACGAGGGGUGUCAACCGUAUGAAAUAGCACCUUGUUCAUCUAAUGGUUAUCGGAAAUGUAAUCAAACCAUAGCAGACACGCCAGUGUGCUAUAGGAACUGUACGAAUUCCCACUAUAGAAUAAGGAAUUUUGAAGCUGAUUUGCACAGGACUCGUGGAAAUUUUAAGACAAUUUCGCCCAGUAGCGAAACCGAAAUUAUGAACGAGGUUUAUUUCAACGGUUCGGUGGCAGUUGCAUUCGAUGGCUACAAAGAUUUGUUUGAUCACGUAACAGGGAUCUAUGUUAAAAAGUCUGACGAGUUUGUCAGGCGGCUUUCGGUAAAAAUAAUUGGCUGGGGUGUUAGAGGAAACCAAUUUUACUGGCUGAUGGUCAAUUGUUGGGGUAAACUAUGGGCCGACCAUGGACUGUUCAAAAUGGAGAGAAACACAUUGAAUACUUUAUCCGGAAGCAUCACCACAGGAUAUGCUUGAUAUAUGGUGUAUUAUAAAUGUUAUAAUUAUACAAUUUACAUAAGCUAUAUAAAUAUAAAAUAAAUUUUAGUUUAUUAAAAUAUAGGUAAUCGAU